AAUAGGUAGCAAUGAGACGGUGAAACUGGCAGCUAUUCAUAGCCUUGCUAGCGAUCCAGCGGAGUUCAUCCCUCUUCGAUACGCCGCAUGUCAGGCUCAAAAAAGAUGGCUGCUUUAGCCGUAGACCUAGAAGAUGUAGAAGUGGUGAGUCUGGAUGGUUCUGAUGCCUCUCCCCUUUCCUCCCAGAACGGUCUGAACGCCCUGCAUCUGGCUGCCAAGGAGGGCCAUGUGGAUCUGGUCCAGGAGCUUCUAGACCGAGGGGCGGCCGUGGAUUCCUCCACUAAGAAAGGGAACACAGCCCUCCACAUUUCCUCCCUUGCUGGUCAGGCUGAGGUGGUGAAGAUCUUGACCAAAAGAGGAGCUGACAUCAACUCGCAGUCUCAGAAUGGAUUCACUCCUCUGUACAUGGCGGCUCAGGAGAAUCACCUGGACGUGGUUCGCUACCUGCUGGAGAACGGAGGCAACCAGAGCAUUGCUACAGAGGAUGGCUUCACCCCGCUGGCCAUCGCCCUCCAGCAGGGACACAACCAGGUGGUCUCCAUCUUACUGGAGAAUGACACCAAAGGGAAAGUCCGCCUGCCCGCCCUGCACAUCGCCGCACGCAAAGACGACACCAAGUCGGCCGCGCUGCUCCUUCAGAACGACCACAACGCAGACGUCCAGUCCAAGCAAUGUCCCGUGCAUGGAGCGUGUCACUGUCUGCAGAUGAUGGUCAAUAGGACUACUGAGAACGGCAAGAGCGGGUUCACGCCGCUGCACAUCGCCGCUCACUACGGGAACGUCAACGUGGCCACGCUCCUGCUGAACCGCGGCGCCGCCGUAGACUUCACCGCCAGGAACGGAAUCACUCCCCUACAUGUGGCGUCUAAGCGCGGUAACACCAACAUGGUGCGCCUGCUGCUGGACCGAGGCUCUCAGAUUGAUGCUAAAACCCGGGACGGGCUGACUCCGCUUCACUGUGCGGCUCGGAGCGGACAUGAGACGGCGGUGGAGCUGCUGCUGGAGAGAGGAGCGCCUCUACUGGCCAGAACCAAGAAUGGGCUGUCCCCGCUGCACAUGGCGGCGCAGGGCGACCACAUGGAAUGCGUCAAACACCUGCUGCAGCACAAGGCUCCGGUGGAUGACGUCACUCUGGACUACCUGACGGCGCUGCAUGUGGCGGCUCACUGUGGCCAUUACAGGGUCACCAAACUGCUGCUGGACAAGCGGGCCAACCCCAACGCCCGCGCUCUGAACGGCUUCACUCCGCUGCACAUCGCCUGCAAGAAGAACCGCGUCAAAGUGAUGGAGCUGCUGGUGAAAUACGGAGCGUCCAUCCAGGCCAUCACUGAGUCUGGUCUGACCCCCAUCCACGUGGCGGCCUUCAUGGGUCACCUGAACAUCGUCCUCCUGCUGCUGCAGAACGGCGCCUCGGCCGACGUCAGCAACAUACGAGGAGAGACGGCGCUGCACAUGGCAGCCAGGGCCGGGCAGGUGGAGGUGGUCCGAUGUCUGCUCAGGAACGGAGCCAUGGUGGAUGCUCGGGCCCGGGAGGACCAGACCCCUCUGCAUAUCGCCUCCCGUCUGGGAAAAACGGAGAUCGUUCAGCUGCUGCUGCAGCACAUGGCCCAUCCUGAUGCUGCCACCACCAACGGUUACACGCCGCUACACAUCUCUGCCCGGGAGGGGCAGGUGGAGACCGCCUCCGUGCUGCUGGAGGCUGGGGCAUCACACUCUCUGGCUACAAAGAAAGGGUUCACCCCCCUGCAUGUCGCUGCCAAGUAUGGGAACCUGGAUGUAGCCCAGCUGCUGCUGCAGCGCUGCGCGCCUCCUGACUCUGCUGGGAAGAACGGCCUCACUCCUCUCCACGUUGCAGCUCACUACGACAACCAAAAGGUGGCGCUGCUGCUUUUGGACAGAGGAGCUUCUCCCCACACUAUGGCCAAGAAUGGCUACACUCCUCUGCACAUCGCGGCUAAGAAGAACCAGAUGGACAUCGCCACGGUGCUGCUGCAGUACGGAGCAGAGACCAACAUUCUGACCAAGCAGGGGGUGACUCCGCUCCACCUGGCCUCCCAGGAGGGUCACGCAGACAUGGCAGUCCUGCUGAUCACCAAGGGAGCCCAGAUCAACGUCCCCACCAAGAGCGGCCUCACGGCCCUCCAUCUGGCAGCCCAAGAAGACAGAGUGUCUGUGGCCGAGAUCCUCGCCAAGAACGGCGCCAACCUGGACCACCAGACUAAGCUGGGCUACACGCCUCUAAUCGUAGCGUGUCACUACGGCAAUGCCAAGAUGGUGAACUUCCUUCUUCAAAACGGAGCCAGCGUCAAUGCAAAGACCAAGAGCGGAUACACUCCUUUACAUCAAGCUGCCCAGCAAGGAAACACACACAUCAUCAAUGUCCUGCUGCAGUACGGUGCCAAACCUAAUGCCAUCACUGUGAAUGGUAACACUGCUCUGGGUAUCGCAAGGAGGCUAGGCUACAUAUCGGUGGUGGACACGCUGCGGGUCGUCACUGAGGAGAUCAUUACCACGACUACGACGGUGACGGAGAAACACAAGCUGAAUGUUCCUGAGACCAUGACUGAAGUCCUGGACGUGUCGGAUGAGGAAGGUGAUGACAUCAUGACGGGGGACGGGGGAGAGUACCUGAGACCCGAGGACCUCAGGGAGCUGGGAGACGAUUCGCUGCCAGGACAGUACCUGGAUGGAAUGAACUACCUGCGCUUCAGCCUGGAGGGGCCCCGCACCGACAGUUCUGACAGGUCCUUCACUCCCACCCAUCAUGGCUUCUACUCUCCGAGACACGAAGGCGGCGAGACGUUCCAGGCCCAGCAGGUCUCAUCGCUGGCCAGAGACAAUGAGAGGGACUCCUACAGACUGAGCUGGGGAACAGAGAACCUGGACAACGUGGCUCUGUCCUCCAGCCCCAUCCACUCAGGCCGUUCCUCUCCGUGUCCUGAUCAUGGAGACCACAGCAGCUUCCUGGUCAGCUUCAUGGUGGACGCCAGGGGCGGAGCCAUGCGCGGCUGCAGACACAACGGCCUCCGCAUCAUCAUUCCGCCCAAGAAGUGCAGCGCCCCGACGCGGGUGACCUGCCGGCUGGUGAAGAGGCACCGUCUGGCCACCAUGCCCCCCAUGGUGGAGGGCGAGGGUCUGGCCAGCAGGCUGAUCGAGGUGGGCCCGUCUGGGGCCCAGUUUCUGGGUAAACUCCACCUCCCCGCCGCGCCUCCGCCUUUAAAUGAGGGAGAGAGUUUGGUUAGCAGAAUCCUCCAGCUUGGUCCGCCGGGGACCAAAUUCCUUGGCCCUGUGAUUGUUGAAAUCCCUCACUUCGCCUCGCUCCGAGGGAAGGAGCGGGAGCUGGUGAUCCUCAGGAGUGAGACCGGGGAGAGCUGGAAGGAGCAUCAGUGUGAAUCUACUCCAGAGGAGCUCAACCAGAUCCUGAACGGCAUGGAUGAAGAACUGGACCCACCAGAGGAGCUGGAGAGGAGACGCAUUUGUAGGAUCAUUACCAGAGACGUCCCCCAAUACUUUGCAGUCGUUUCACGCAUCAAGCAGGACAGUCAUUUCAUUGGUCCAGAGGGAGGCAUCCUGAGCAGCACCGUGGUGCCUCAAGUGCAGGCGGUGUUUCCGGAGGGGGCGCUCACCAAGAGGAUUAGAGUUGGUCUGCAGACCCAGCCAGUGAAUGUUGACGUAGUGAGGAAGAUCCUUGGAAACAAGGCCACCUUCAGUCCCAUAGUCACCCUGGAGCCUCGCAGGAGGAAGUUCCACAAACCCAUUACCAUGACCAUCCCGGUCCCCAAGAGCAGCACCGACCCAAACCUCAAUGGCUUUGGAGGGGACACACCCUCUCUGCGGCUGCUCUGCAGCAUCACCGGAGGAACGACGCCUGCUCAGUGGGAGGACAUCACAGGAACCACACCAUUAACGUUUAUCAAUGACUGCGUCUCCUUCACCACCAAUGUCUCUGCAAGGUUCUGGCUCAUAGACUGUAGGCAAGUCCACGAGUCUGUCAACUUCUCCACUCAGGUGUAUCGAGAGAUCAUCUGUGUUCCCUACAUGGCCAAGUUUGUGAUCUUUGCCAAGAGCCAUGACCCGAUCGAGGCCCGAUUACGCUGCUUCUGUAUGACUGAUGACAAGAUCGAUAAAACCCUGGAGCAGCAGGAGAACUUCACCGAGGUGGCCCGGAGCAGAGACGUAGAGGUUCUGGAAGGGAAACCGAUCCACGCAGACUGCUUUGGAAACCUUGUUCCACUCACCAAGAGCGGCCAACACCACCUGUUCAGCUUUUACGCCUUUAAAGAGAACAGGCUGGCGCUCUUUAUCAAGAUCCGAGAUAACACCCAGGAGCCGUGUGGCCGACUGUCGUUCAUGAAGGAGCCCAGGAACUACAGGUCACUUCAGCAUAACGCCAUAUGCAACCUCAACAUCACGCUUCCAUCGUACAGCAAAGACUCAGAUUCCGACCAGGAACAGGAAGAUGAGAACGGCAGAAACCUUCACAGAUAUGAAGAGACGGAUUCAUCAGUCCUGAAAUCUGAGCUGAUUCGAGAACCGGAUCUUCUGUCCGAUGUGUCAGAGAUGAAACAGGAUUUGAUUAAAAUGACUGCCAUAUUGACUGCAGACUCCACAGAGAAAUCCCCGUCUUUAGGGAGGUGUGGUCUAGAGAAGGGGACAGAGGAAGUGUCUGGAGAACCGUUAGAGAUAAUGGAAAAGGACCUUGAAAAAGUCAAGGAGGACCUUGAGAAAGUCAGUGAGAUACUGAGAAGUGGGACAUAUCAGAGCGAGGGGGCAGAAGAGGCCACUAAAGCAGCCAGAAUGGCUGAGGAGUGGGUUCUCCUCUCAGACUCAGAGACAGAAGAGGCCAAAAAAAUGGCUGCCCUAGAAGUUCAAGAGCCUAUCUUACGUGAAAGUAGGGCUAAGAGAGGCGCUCCCCGACCAAAAGCCAUAAAGGGCAGCGGUGACCUUAAAGAAUAUCUCCUAGAUGCAUCUGCAAGUUCCAAAGUAAAGACUAAAAAAGAGACGGCUAGCACAGAAAAAUUCACUGAUAUCGUUCUGCGGAAAAGUUCGAAACCAACAGCUCAAGCCAAAUCCCAUGAAAGCAGCACAACUGGUGGUGUUAAAAAACCAGUGAGAAAGAAGGAAAAAGACGAAGAGCAGCCAGAGGGAUCCUCGGAGCCAGGGGCUCUUCUUAGCGUGCCAUCAGCUCCCGCUCCACCAUCACCUGUAUCCCCAGUGAUUGAAGAAACUCCCAUUGGAUCCAUAAAGGACAAAGUGAAAGCCUUACAACAAAAAGUGGAGGCUGAGCAAAAGAGCAAAAAAGCCACUGGUAGCAAGCCCUCCCAUUUGCCUGUUAUGACUAAAUCCCCACUAAAAACCAAAGAAACAACUAAAACCAAACACCCUCUUCCUAAAUCCCCUAAAGCUGACUCAGAAAAAAUCGAGGAGACAAUGUCAGUCAAAGAGCUAAUGCAAGCCUUCCGGACAGGACAAGAUCCCUCAAAGCGAAAGUCUGGGUUGUUUGAGCUUAAAACAUCCAAAACUCCACAAGCUGAAGCAGUCCAGUCAAAGUCUGUGACCAAAGCAAUGGCUUCUAAAGGUCAAGACGUGUCGUCAGACCCCAGAAAUGCAAACAAAGAUAUAGAAAUCAAACCCAGCGCUCCUUCUGAACUAACUGAAACUGUAGACUUUGGAAAUGGUGGCCUUGAUGAUAGCUCUGACAGCUGCAAACAUGAAGGCGUGGCAGAAUCCCUUAGUGCCAGCUCUGGAGAUGGAACCCAUCAUCUUAGCUCAGAGGACAGUUACAAACACGAAGGACUGGCAAGUCCAGGCACAAGCCCUGAGAGCCUUUCUGGACAACAGCCUUCUACAGCCACGGCUUCAGCUUCCACUGAGGUUAGAAAAGACAAAGAGAAGUCUGGAGACUCGGGUGUAGGGACCUCUGGUGACCAAGUCUCCAUAGAACUGACACUACCCAUCUCUUCCAGCGAGGCUGCAGAUGACCACACAAGUGAGUCAAUAUCUGUUAGAAGGACUGAGUCUAAACCACCUAAACCUCAAAAACUUACAAAGAGAGUUUCAGAAACCAUAGAAACUUUUCUUAGUGAUGAUGAUAGCCCUGAUGAUCAGGUAGCAUUGUCGUUAGUUGGUUCUCCAGUCUCUAGAUCCCCAUCUAAGCAUCAUGAAACAUUUAACCUGCCUUUAAGGCAAGACUCUGAUGCCCUCAGCCCAUUAGCCGAUGACUCUUUGACAAUAAGCAACAGAGACUCUCUCGAGGGUAGUCCUCUGAUGGAAGACAAUUCUUCCCAUAAAUCCCCAGACUCCAUUGAGCCCAGUCCAACCAGAGAAUCCCCCCCUCGCGAUUCCUUGGAGAGCAGUCCUGUAGAGCAAAAGAGCCACCCAUCCUUCCCACCAACAUCCAGUCCUAAGAACUCCUCUAGCCACACACCACCCUGUAAGGGCAAAGACCUCCCCCAUGAGGCUUUCCAUGGUAGGCAGCUUCGAGACCCUGAAGCUUACGCUGAUGAUGACAGUUGUGAGCAGACAUCUCAGAUGACGAGUUCGGCUGUUAUUCCUGAAGACCCAGAAGACCAGGAGGCAACAGACAACCUUGAAGCUAAAGGAAAGAUCACUCCAGAGAAGGACAUGUUUAAGAUGGCAGCAAAAAUAAAAACCUUUAAUGAAAUGGAACAAGACACAAAGGGCAAAAGGAAGUCUAGCGAUUAUCUGUAUUCCUCAACAGAGGACAAGAUAGGGGAUAACAGCUGUGAAAGAUUAAAGCCCAGCGGCGAGAAGCUUUGGCAGAUUGAAAGUCCACUCAAUAGGCGCACAGGAGAGUCAAAGUUAGCUGUUUUGAUUGGUUCAGAUAUUAAAGUACAACCUCCCUCUCCUUUUUCAGCAGGUAUGCAUGAUGGAACCCAGAGCAAAGAGUUCAAGAGUACAUCAGCCACUGUCACAGCAGAGGGACCUCACUCUGUCUCAGACCAGCAUCAUUCAAAAUCCAUAAGUCCAUGGGGGGACGUCCCUUCAUCUGCUGAAGCCCUUAAACAUGUUUCUGACAAAACAUCAUUAACUUCAAGCAUUGAAAACAGGACAGACGAGCAAAAACACGAGAGCUUGAAGAUGUCAAGGGAGCAUAAAGAUGAUAAUAGCAGUCAGAAGUUAGCUUUAGGCAAGGUACAGACCGGAACACAAAAAACAAGCUGCAAUGUUACAGAUGAAGUGAAAGAAGAUAGAUGGGGUCAUUCCCCCGGAGCUGCUCUCUGUCCAGAAGUUCCCACAAGUCAAACUGAACAAGUGGUCAUUGCCCAUAAUGAUGCAGAAGGAGGCAAAAAAGCAUCAAAUCUUCCUAGAACUGAAUCAAAGGGAGUCACUGCAAGAGUAGACGCCGAGUCAUGGUCUGCCAUGCGAGAGGAUGAUGCCACAUUUGAGGCCCGUGUAAAAGAAGAAGAACAGAAGAUCCUGAAUCUGGUGGUGGACCGUCAGUCUCAAGGAACUCCAGACACCACGCCUGGUAGAACACCAACAGAAGAGAGCACUCCUACCAGUGAGCCCAAUCCCUUCCUGUUCCAGGAAGGGAAGCUCUUUGAGAUGACCCGCAGUGGGGCCAUAGAUAUGACCAAGAGAAGCUAUGAGGAGGAGGGGGCUGGCUUCGCUUUUUUUCACAUAGGAGACCAGGCUUUAGAGGAACCUACCUUAGAGGAGCCCAAGCAAGAAGAUAGAUCAGCAGUAGGUCUCAACUUAACACUAGAGCUUAAGACUGAGGAAGAUAUGGCAUCAGCUGAUGCGCAGGUGUGUCCCCCACCUGAAGGGGAUCAGUCAGGCUGUAGAGCCUAUGCUUCCAAGUCUAAAAUCCCUAAAAUGGGCAUUUCAGCUUCAACCAAAGCUUCUAGGAAAGAUCUGCUCUCCCCUGAACCUCUCGAGUCUAAAAAUGAGAAAACUGUAGAUGAAGGGUCACUAGAUUUAGAAACGAUCUCAAAUGAACAGCCUAUAACGAAUGUAGAGACUGCAGAAACUACUGUGACUAGAUCUGUUUAUUCCGAGCAAGGCCAGGAGUCUUCUGACUCCUCCCCAGAGGAGACAAAGUCAGUGGUUGAAGCCCCCAAAACAGCAGGCAAGCAGGCAAUUAAAGGGGCUUCCCAUAACGGUAAGAAGAAUCAAAGCACAGCCAAAGCUAAGUCUGUUCCUCAGGAUCAGGCCAAAUCUGCGAUUCCUUCACCAUGUCAUGGAACAGCCCCUUCAGCAGCUCAUAGAAAAAAUACCUCCUCCCCCUCAGAAGCUAAAUCCAGGAUUCCUGUCAAGGCUAGCCUUGUCAAGUCUGACUCUAAGCGUGGGGAAUCCUCUCAGGACAAAAAGCUAAAGGUUCCUGUAAAAAAAGGUACAAGGAGAAAAUCUGAGACAGAUGCCGGUCCUUCUGUGGACAUGAAAACAAAGACUCAAUCUUCCAAAGCCAAGAGCUUCUGUGAGGGGGAGUCUACAAGAUCCUCUGCUAAAAAGGAUCAGGGUUGUCCCACGAGUGUCGAGUCUGGAAGAUCUAAGGGUUUCCAGUCCAGGCUGCCCGUCCGUGGUAAAACCACCCCGUCUCCUCAAGCAACCACAGCCGGCAAAGACAAAAGCAGAUCUCAGAAACAGUCUGCAGAGUUCUUUGAAGAAAUCAGUGAGGAAGCAGCAAAAGUAGUGGCAAGACUGGCAGAGGAAGAGACUGCGAUGGCUCUCUCAGACGAUGACAGCGGUCUUAUUGAUCCGUCGAUAAUUGAAAAAGAGCCAUUUCCAGACCUGCAGUUCCCACCUUCAGGAGACGUCUUUCCCAUUAGACCACUGUGGGACGACCCAGUUGAGACACAGAUGCAGCGAAUUCCAGAUGAUAGAGUCCAAAGUCAAGUAGAUCCACAGGAUGAAGCAGAAAGACGUGAGCAUUGGUUGGCCGUCAUAGCCGACCACCUGGGCUUCAGUUGGACAGAGUUAGCACGAGAACUGAACUUUAGCGAGGAGAAGAUCCACAUGAUACGGACUGAAAACCCCAACUCUCUGCAAGACCAAAGCCGCGCCCUCUUGAACCUUUGGACUGAGAGAGACGGACAGAGUGCCACAGCAGAAGCAGCACUUCUAAAGAAGCUGACCAAAAUCAACCGGAUGGACAUUGUUCAUCUGAUGGAGCCCAAGAUGAACCGUUCAGAGGAAGAGGAGACGUCUUCACACACGUACGCAGAGAUCGAAGAGACCAUCGCUCUGGACCACAGUGAAGGUUUCUCUGCCCUUCAUGAAGACAUCGACAGUCCAAGGCCAGGCAGACGCAGGGAAGCCACUGGAAGAAGCCUGCUUUUAGGACAGGAAGUGCCCAUGGUGUCAGCAGAGGAGCUGUCCACCAGUCUGUCAUCGCUUCUCGACACAUCAGGGCGGCCUGAGGCGGCUCCCACAGCUACAGAACUCCUACAGAAAGCCUCCAAACGGCAAACAGAGGAGCUGGAAUCAACAAACUCGUCGGAGAGAUCCUACCAGGAGGUCCCUGAGCCGCUAACCAUGGGCAGCUACAAGCAAGAGAUAGCCGAGGAGCUAGGAGCGCUGUCCUCUGAUAGCUCAGAGGAGGAGGUGCUGACCACCAGGGUGGUCCGACGCAGAAUCAUCAUCCAGGCCGACAUCCUGCCAGACGUCCCCCCUCAGACGGUGACGGAGGAGAAGUUCACUGAUGAAGACGGCAACAUGGUGGUGAAGAAGAUCACACGGAGGGUGAUCCGGCAGUUUGUGUCUCCAGACUCAGAGACGCAGCAGGUGGAGGACUCUCAGCAGGAAGCGACCCGGAUAGAGGAAGGAGACGCUGUGUCCAGGGUGGUGAAGAGGACGGUGGUCCACAGCGCCGGAGAGCAGACAGAGGUGCUGCCUCCCUCACCCCGUCCAUCCUGUCCCUCACCCCCGUCCAUCCUGUCUCUCACCCCGUCCAUCCUGUCCCUCACCCCGUCCAUCCUGUCCCUCACCCCCGUCCAUCCUGUCCCUCACCCCGUCCAUCCUGUCCCUCACCCCGUCCAUCCUGUCCCUCACCCCGUCCAUCCUGUCCCUCACCCCGUCCAUCCUGUCCCUCACCCCGUCCAUCCUGUCCCUCACCCCGUCCAUCCUGUCCCUCACCCCCAUUCAUCCU